AAUGUAAACAGUUAUGUAUAUUAAUUUCAGUUUAGACACAUAAAUUGUUUAAAUAAUAAGACAUUAAAAUAUAACAAACACAAAUAAGCAUAAAAGAUGUGCAAAGCAUCUUGAGAUUUAAAAACAUCUUUAUAUUAUAUAUAACUCGGUACCUGUGACAACAAUAGCUCUACACUUACUGUAAGUAUGAUCAAACGCUAGCAUUAAAUAUAUAAAUAUGUUAUUAGGACAUUUAAUACAGUUGUUAAUUUAGACUCAUAAAAAGCAAUAUUUUUUAUGCCAAUAUAACAGUUAAAAUAAUGUCCUGCUUAGUAUCUGAUAAGACAAACUGCUGGGGGUCCAGAGAGACCAAAAGAGGCAGGACUUGGUUUUCAGUUCUAUAUAUUUACCUAAAACAGUCCCCUCUGAAAGAAGAAGUGAGAGAAAGAUAAGUGUCAGAACAAGCAGCAUGUUAAAGAUUCAGAGCAGCAUACUAACAGUUUGAAGAAACCAAGGAAAUUUGUUUGUGUAUGCAGCUGGAUUUGGAAGAUUCUACACUAUGGGUGUGUUUGGAUCAAAUCGCUUGUCUUUGUGCUGGGUCUGGAGAUUUGCAUUGUGUUUGAGUACCUGCAAUGUCGUGUUUGCUCUUAUAAAUAAAAAGUGCUUUACCAUCGAGGAACAUCUUCUCAGAGACAUGCCCAGGACAGAACACUGUCACCGUUAUUCAGGAAAGGGUUUCUACGCAGACUGCAACAUUACUGACCUACGCAAAGAUCUUUCAGAGGUCAGCCCACAGGUUAGAUCCCUUUGUAUCUCCGGUGACAUCAAAAGAAUACCUGCCAAUGCCUUUGCAAACUUUCCUUCUUUGGAAGUUCUUGAAAUAAAUGGGUAUAAUUUGAUGAGUGUCGAGGCUUAUGCUUUUUCAGGUCUUACAAACCUGAAGUAUUUGUGGAUGCUUUUCGACGAUGCAGAGUGUAGUUCUGUCGCCAUGGACAGCCUUGCAUUUGCUGGUUUGGCUAAUUUAGAGGAACUGACACUGAUAGGUGUUAAGUUCGAAAACGUAUCAAGCAGACUAUUUGAUCCAUUGACGAAGGUUAAUAAAAUAAAAUUAUCCAGGAUUUGUGAACAGGACCUUGGGGUUGUUUUUUGUUACCUUCCCAUUGGGAUGUCCCAUCUGAAGGAUUUAGAGGUGAUAGACAGUUUUAUUUCAACCAUCAUGAACAAUGGAUGCCCAGAUGGGUCAAGGACCUGGCCAUUGAAUGUUCUUGCUGGAAUUCAGAAUCUUGACUUAACAGGAAACCCCAUCAAAGUCAUACAGGCCAAUUCGUUAAUUGUGUUCCAGAACCUCUCCAGUUUAAUAAUCGAAUUUAGAGGAGAAUGGCUGGGCAAAAUUUGGGAAUCUGGGAUCGGACAAGUUGGUGAUUUGUGUUUGAGGGGUAAUGUGAUGGAUAAAUACUCUACAAAUGUCAGCGAGUUGUGUCACUUCAUCUCCCGCCUCAGUCCUCAUUCCCUCAGCCUCUCUUACAUAAAAAUAGACAGAUGGACGGCAGAGGAUUUAAAGGAUUGUGGCACAAAUUUGAGAGAGUUAGAUUUUGAAAAUUCAGAGGUGAUUGACAUGGACUUUGGCUUCUGGAAAGUAAAACCAGAGAUACAGACGCUGAUGAUGGCCGAUAUGAAGUUAAAAGAAGCUCCAUUUUGUGAUGCUGCAAAUGGAACCAUAUGGUCCUUAAAAACACUUGACCUCUCUAGAAACUUAAUGACAGAUGUUAAAGGAGACGAGUUUGCUUGUAUGCCUCUUCUUGAAAAACUUGUUUUGAGCAAUAACGCCAUACAAACCCUGAUGCCUCAUGCUUUUCGAGGUUUUCAACAUUUGAAAAUUCUUGAUCUUGGUACAAACAAGAUCUCACAGCUUAGUCUAAAAGAUUUCAGAUACUUGAAGUCUUUGGAGGUCCUCCUCAUUAAUGACAACCUUAUUGAAAAUAUCGAGGACGGGACCUUUCGCUACCAGCAGGAGCUUCGUGAAUUGGAAUUUGGCAAAUUGGAAUAUGUUUACACAUUACAUCUGGAUAAGAUUUUUACUCGAUUUCCACCGAAAAUGCAGCGCCUUAGUAUUGACACACAUUAUGGCACAACUUUUUAUGAGGAUAUUUAUGCGGCACCACCCGAGGGGAUGUUUGAUCUGGAGCUAAUUGGAGGAAGAGUGGCAUUUUCAAGUUGUAAUAGCUCUAUUUACAGAGCCGUUCGAGAGCUAAAGGUGACUUCUAGCUAUUUCAUAUGCCUAAACGACUUCAUGGUACCUUAUUUCCCAAACCUGGAAUCAUUCGAGAUGAUUCAGGUCUCAGAAAGAGCUUAUAUAUUUUACGGGGAAAUCAACGUUCUGCAUCGUCUGAAGCGUCUCAAGCUUAUCAACCUGAAUUUCACGAAUCAUACAGAUGUUGGAAUUGCCUUCCAGAACCUGAGGCAACUCCAGAUCCUUGUACUGGUAAACUGCCGUCUCAGCUUCCUGACCAAGAGUAUGUUCAAAGACCUGAUAUCUCUGCAGCUGUUGCGUCUCUACAGCGACAGUCCUCUAGUCUUGAUUGAUGGCCUGUUCGAUGUUUUGCCAGCACUAUCAGUUUUUGUUUUGGAUAAAGUGAACUUCCAGUGUGAUUGUGAGAACGGUUGGAUUCUUGACUGGGCAGACAGCACCAAAAAAGUGCAGGUGAUCUACACACAAAAGCAGGAAUGUACCUGGCACUAUCAGAAACGCAACUUUUUAGCAACCAUGGAGAAGUUGUGUCAGACUGACACGCAGUUUGUGUGCUAUGUAGCCACUGCUGCCACUAUUUCUCUGAUGAUGUUCCUUGCAGUGGGAUAUCACUUCGCUCGCUGGCCCACUGUGAUCCUCUAUUUCCGCCUAAGAGGUUUUGUGGAAAAGAGGUUUGGCAGGCAGUGGCAGAGGAGGAGGAGAAGACUUGAGCAAAUAGACGGAGACCUAGAGGAGGUGAAGUAUGAUGCCUUCGUAUCAUACUGCAGCCGAGAUGAGGCGUGGGUCCAGGAAGAGAUGGUUCCGAGGCUGGAGGAACAAGGUCACCUCAGACUGAGACUAUGUCUGCAUAACAGAGACUUUGAGGUGGGGAAAGGUAUUGUGGACAACAUUGCAGAGAGCAUCUACAGCAGCCAAUGCACUGUUUGUUUGAUCAGUCGCUGUUAUCUGCGUAGCGACUGGUGUGGUCUGGAGAUGCGUUUGGCCACCCACCGCCAGCUGGAAGGGCAGAAUUACCGUCUCAUCCUCGUCUUUCUCGAACACAUCUCUCCCUUUGAGCUCUCCGCUUUCCAUCGUUUGGCAAGACUGGUGAGAUCUCAUACAUAUUUGGACUGGCCAGAGGAUGAAGCUGAUAGAGUGAAUUUCUGGGAUCGCCUAAGAAGGAACAUUGCGGAGGAAGACAUGAAUGCUUCUUGAAACUACAGAGUGAAACAACCUGAAUACCUUCUUGCCACAGCCUGUUAAACAGUGGCGGCCGGUGACUUAUUUUUUCGAGGGCGCACGAUGCGAAGUUCAUCACAAUAUGUAUGUAGCCCAUCGUGUGUGGUUCGUAAGUUAAAAAUAUGUGUUCGCCGCGUUGAGUGAUCCUGUGUGCAUAACGCGUCUUGUCAAAAUAAGUGCCUGCUGCAGACGUGUCUAAAGGAGAUGCUCGCGUUUGCCAAUUACUCGCAUAAUCUCAUGCGUAAUCAGAGUUUACUGUUAAGGGAGUGUCUUGCGUGUAUUUUGUGAACGUGAGCCUCUCUUUAAUCAUAAACGGUUUUGACACGUAUGCAGCAGGCACUUAUUUUGACAAAACGCGUGAUGCACAUGGUUCACAUGACGCAACAAACACAUAUUUUGAAAAAAAAAAACGAGCAACACACAUGACAAUCGAACACAUAUUUUGAAUUUGCGCUCCGCGGAAGAGAUAUUACCGGCCGCCGCUGGACGCAUGACAUGGUGCCAAGGUGCAUUAAUCUACUGUAUACAAAUCACUUUAUUUUACGAAAAGCUGUUGUUUAAAAUCUGUUGACUCUUUAACUUUUCUGCAUUUGUCUGUAUCAUUUUCAUCUU